CAGAAGACACUUGCCCAAGGUGCCACGCAGUGGGACUGAACCCAGAACCAUGUGGUUGCUUAGCAAGCUACUUACCACACAGCCACUCCUGCAUAUAUUUAUGUAAGUUCUUGGUGGAAUUACUGUGAAAUGAUUCUUCUGAACUCAAAUUGAUAGCUUGUCUGAAAUGGCUGCGGUGUGAUUUUUACAUUUUAAUCAAGCUCGGACUAUUUUACCGAAAAUAAAUUUCAUCAUUUUCAGAUAUUGACAAAGAAGGGCCGGUUGGUGGAAACAUUUGUGAGCGAUACAAAGCUAGAACAGAAAGAUGAACAUAAACAUUUGUAUGUUGUGAUGAGAGAAGAAAAAAUAUGGAAGAUGAAUUGUGCCAGAAUAAUGUUAAAUAUGAAAUACUUUGUAAAAGAAUUGGUAUUUUUGAUGAUAGAGAGGAAGGCAAGGAGAAGAUAUAUCAUUGCGAUAUCUGUGAUAAAUCUUUCUUGCAUAAAAGUAAUCUCAUUACCCACAGACGUAUUCAUACAGGAGAGAAACCAUAUCACUGUGAUAUCUGUGGUAAUUCCUUCUCAGCAAAAAGCUCGUUAACUACUCACAAACGCGUCCAUACAGGUGAGAAGCCGUAUCGUUGCGAUGUCUGCGGAAAAUCGUUUUCCCAUAGAAAUACUUUAACGAGACAUUUAUACGUUCAUACAGGUGAGAAGCCGUAUCAUUGCGAUGUCUGCGGUAAAUCUUUCUCCGAAAACGGUGACUUGACCAAACACAAACGUGUCCAUACAGGGGAGAAACCGUAUCACUGUGACAUCUGCGGUAAAUCAUUCUCUGUAAUUAACCACUUGACUACACACGUGCGUAUUCAUACAGGUGAGAAGCCAUAUCACUGCGAUAUCUGUGGUAAAUCAUUCUCCCAAAACGGUGAGGUUACCAUUCACAAACGGAUUCAUACGGGCGAGAAGCCGUUUCACUGUGAUAUUUGCGGGAGAUGGUUCUCUCAAAAUGGGGAGGUUACUAAUCACAAGCGUACCCAUACAGGAGAAAAGCCAUAUCAUUGUGAUAUCUGUAGUAAGUCAUUCUCCCAUGGAAACACUUUAGCUGCUCACAAACGCGUCCACACAGGGGAGAAACCCUAUCAUUGUGAUAUCUGUGGCAAAGCAUUUUCUCAUCAAAAUACGUUGACUAAACACGAACGAAUUCACACAGGCGAGAAACCUUAUCGCUGUGAUAUUUGUGGUAAAUCAUUCUCUGAAGGAGGCGUCUUAACUAAACACAAACGUAUUCAUACAGGAAAGAAGCUGGAAACCUCCGGUCAGUCAUUGGCAGAAAAGGGCUCGCAUAACUAGACAUACGUAUUCAUACCAAAGAGAAGUUCAUCAUCAUCACCAGCAGCUGCAGUGUAGGCGCAAUGGCCCAGUGGUUAGGGCAGCGGACUCGCGGUCGGAGGAUCAUGGUUUCGAUUCCCA